CCCCCCCGCUCCUGUGUCACACCAGACGAUGCGUUGACUGAGCACAGGAGAAGAAGAAGCAAACCUCCGGCCGUCCAGCUGCUUAGAGGAGCAGAAGAGGAGGAAGAGGAGCAGAGGAGGUGUCUUCGUCCUGAUGAGCUCCACUUGUCCGCCUCCACACAUGAGACCUUUGACCUCUCCGUUUCCUAUACAACGACAUGCAUCUGAGGCGUUCUGAAGGUCACAUCUGUGGGAUCCCCGACACCUAAGUCUCCUCCUCCUCCAGAACGGCGCCGCCAUGCUGCGGGUGGAGAUCCCGGACUUUGGCAACGGCGUGCUGGGCAUCCUGAACGAGCAGCGGCUGCUGGGUCAGUACUGCGAUGUGUCCGUGCUGGUGCAGGGUCGGGCCUUCAAGGCUCACCGGGCCGUGCUGGCCGCAUCUUCGCUCUACUUCAGGGACCUGUUUGCCGCCGAGUCCUCCUCUUCCUCACCGGCGGUGUUUGAGCUGCCGUCCUCGGUGACGCCGGCGUGCUUCCAGCAAAUCCUGUCCUUCUGCUACACGGGGCGACUCAGUAUGGCCGCCAGCGAGCAGCUGGUCCUCAUGUACACCGCCGGGUACCUGCAGAUACAGAACAUCGUGGAGCGGGGCAUGGAGCUGAUGAUGAUGAAGGCCUCCUCCUCGCCCCUGUGCUGCGACUCACAGACGGCCUCGUCAGACGAGCUCGGGGGCUUCCAGCAGUCCCUCAGUCCCGAGGAGCUGCUACAGGCCGUACGCAGGAUCAAACGGGAGCCAGCCGACACGCCUCCUGCUGAGCAGAAUGGAGGAGGAGUGAGAGGAGGAACUAAGAGAGGAGAAGGAGAGGAGGCCAGAGGGGACCUCCCUUCGGACCUCCAGGCCACCAGGAACAGCGGCCUAUGCUACCUGGCCAGCGGGGGGCGCUCCAGCCCGGGAGGCUCCAGCUUCCCCGCGGACUCGCCUCCUUCUCUCCCCCCUACAGAGGAGGAGCUGGAAGAAGACUACUACGGGAACGGAGUCCAGUCCAGACUCCACCAACAAAUCUACGGACAUCCGGGAAACCCCUACAUCCAGGAGAAGAUGGAGGUGCUGUCCCUCCCGCUGACCAGCGACCGGCGCCCCUGCUUGCUGGUGGGUCGGGACAACAUGGCGCUCCCUGCCAGCCUGAUCAGUCAGAUCGGGUACCGGUGCCACCCGUCGCUCUACACUGAGGGAGACCCGGGGGAGAAGGUGGAGCUGGUGGCAGGUUCAGGUGUGUUCAUGACACGAGGUCAGCUGAUGAACUGUCACCUGUGUGCUGGAGUCAAGCACAAGGUUCUGCUCAGGAGACUGCUGGCAACCUUCUUCGACAGAAACACUCUGGCCAAUAGCUGUGGGACUGGGAUCCGCUCCUCCACCAAUGAUCCCAGCAGAAAACCUCUAGACAACCGAGUGUUAAACACUGUUAAACUCUAUUGUCAGAACUUUGCUCCUAACUUUAAGGAGAGUGAGAUGAAUGUCAUUGCAGCCGAUAUGUGCACCAACGCCCGAAGAGUCCGCAAGCGUUGGCUGCCCAAAAUCCAGUCUCUCCUCCCCGACAGCCUCCCCACCUCCUGCCACCCCCGCAGGGCUAAGAGGGGAGGAGGAGGAGGAGGUGCAGCGGUUCAGCCCAGCAGCCCCUUCGAAAUGGACCUGCGUCAACUUAGCGCCUCCUACCUGGAGGUGCCGCUGUACGGGGAGCGACGAGAGAGGGAGGCGGCGGGGGAUAGAGAGGGGGAGAAGGAGGCGCAGCCACUCCUGCCCCAUCUGCAGUUUGCCGGGUCCCGUGUCAGAGGCGGAGUUGAGGGUCAGGUGGAGGAGGUACUGGUGGGCGGCGAGGCCGAUGUGGGAGGGAGAAUACAAACUGAUCACCUCCUAGACCUCCACCUCUCCUCCUCAACUCCCCCCCACGCCUCCCCUCAGCCUGCAGAGACCGCCCCUCCUCCCAGGGGAUUGGCCGAGCCAGAGGAGAGAGGGGCGGAGCCCCUGGAAGACAGCCAAUAAGCUUUCUAUCGCAUCUGCCUACCUAUAUGUAAAUAACACAAUAGCUACCUACCUGAGACAGUCCUCAUAUCUACCUGUCUGUCUCUGCCUGGCGACCACCUGUCUGUCCGCCACUACCUGAGACAGUCCUCAUAUCUACCUGUCUGUCUCUGCCUGGCGACCCCCUGUCUGUCCGCGACUACCUGUCCAGCUGUCUACCUCUCUGCCGUCCCCUUUGCCGUCCUUUCUGUCUGACCUACCUCUGUCUGUCUGUCUGUUUCCUCCAUCUGUCUGUCUGCCCGGCUCAGCUGCAUGUUAAUAGCCUCCUACACAACAGGUGUUAAUGAUGAAGAUGGUGGUUUUGGUGUUGAUGAUGAAGAUGGUGGUUUUGGUGUUGAUGAUGAUGGUGGUGGUGAGGAGGAGGAUGACGAUGAUGAGGAUAAUGACAAUGGGGCUGGUGAUGAUGAUGAUGAGGAAGAGGAGGAAAGUGUUGAUGAUGAUGGUGAGAAUGAUGACGAUAAUGAGGGGGUCCUCGUGAGGAGGAUUAUGAUGAGGAAGAGGAUGAUGAUGCUGACGAUGAUGAUGAAGGGGAAGAUGAUAUGAUGUUCAAUCUGAUGAAGACAAUAAAGCUUCUUGAUAAUCA